GGUUACCAUGGCAACAAGACGUAGGAACAUUGUCAUAGGUACUUGUUUUCAACGGACAACAUUCAGCCGGAUCUAUUUCCGGUCCUUCCUUUUCAACAGUUCCCCACCAAAAUGGCUCCUACCAAGAAGGGAGAGAAGAAGAAGGGGCGUUCAGCCAUCAAUGAGGUGGUGACCAGAGAAUACACCGUCAACAUCCACAAGCGCAUCCAUGGAGUGAGCUUCAAGAGGAGAGCUCCUCGUGCUCUCAAAGAGAUCCGCAAGUUCGCCAUGAAGGAGAUGGGAACUCCUGAUGUACGCAUCGACACCCGCCUGAACAAGGCUGUGUGGACCAAAGGCGUCAAGAACGUGCCAUACAGGAUGAGACUAACGUUCACCUGUGUUAUUUACAGGAUGAGACUAACGUUCACCUGUGUUAUUUACAGGAACGUGCCAUACAGGAUGAGACUAACGUUCACCUGUGUUAUUUACAGGAUGAGACUAACGUUCACCUGUGUUAUUUACAGGAACGUGCCAUACAGGAUGAGACUAACGUUCACCUGUGUUAUUUACAGGAACGUGCCAUACAGGAUGAGACUAACGUUCACCUGUGUUAUUUACAGGAACGUGCCAUACAGGAUGAGACUAACGUUCACCUGUGUUAUUUACAGGAACGUGCCAUACAGGAUGAGACUAACGUUCACCUGUGUUAUUUACAGGAACGUGCCAUACAGGAUGAGACUAACAUUCACUAUGUUAUUUACAGGAACGUGCCAUACAGGAUGAGACUAACGUCCACCU